GAUUGUACCGCAAAACAAUCAACACAACCAAACUGUCUGGACAUACGUCUUCAGGUCCUGAAGUUGGAAUUAAACACAUUUUGGACGUUAGGAACCAAACCACACUCCACAAUGACGCAUCUACACGCAGGCCUGAGCUCAGAGACGACAGAAAAGGCUCGUCUAGAGCUGAAUGAAAACCCGGACACUCUGCAUCAGGACAUCCAGCAGGUGCGGGACAUGAUCGUCACGCGGCCAGACAUCGGUUUCCUGCGGACGGACGAUGACUUCAUCCUCCGUUUCCUGAGAGCCAGGAAGUUCAACCAGGCGGAGACCUUCAGACUGCUGGCCCAGUACUUCCAGUUCAGACAGCAGAACCUCGACAUGUUCCAGAGCUUCAAGGUGGAUGACCCGGGUAUUAAGCGGGCGCUGAUGGAUGGUUUCCCGGGUGUACUAGAGACUCCAGACCAACAUGGCCGAAAAAUCCUUAUCCUGUUUGCCUCCAACUGGGACCAGAGCAGGAACUCUUUCACAGACAUCCUGCGGGCGAUCCUGCUCUCUCUGGAGGUUUUGAUAGAGAACCCGGCGCUCCAGAUCAACGGUUUCAUCCUCAUCAUCGACUGGAGCAACUUCUCCUUCAAACAGGCCUCCAAGCUCACGCCCAACAUCCUCAAACUGGCGAUCGAGGGCCUCCAGGACAGUUUCCCCGCUCGGUUUGGAGGAAUCCAUUUUGUGAAUCAGCCGUGGUACAUUCACGCCAUGUACACCAUCAUCAAACCUUUCCUCAAAGACAAGACCAGGAAAAGGAUCUUCCUCCACGGGAACAACCUGAACUCGCUCCACCAGCUCAUCCAGCCAGAGUGUUUGCCAUCUGAGUUUGGCGGGACUCUGCCUCCGUAUGAUAUGGGCAUCUGGGCCCGAACGCUGCUGGGACCCGACUACAACGACGAGACAGAGUACACGCUGACCUACGAUGCCCUGCACGUCAGGGAGAACUGUGGAGGAGGAGACAAGGAGAUGAUGAAGAGGUCUCAGUCUGCGGUGGAACCAGGAACUCUCCGACAAACUGAAAGAGAGACCAGCACGCCACUACUGGCCCUGGACUGA